CGCUGGGGCGGCGCGGCCGGUUCGGGUCGGGGUCGGGCUCGGGGUCCGGGCGGGGUCGGGUCAGGCCGGGCAACCGGCGCUGCCGCGGGCAUGGCGGCCGAGGCGCGCGAGUCGCGCUGGUACUUCGGGGGCUUGGCCUCGUCCGGGGCCGCCUGCUGCACGCACCCGCUGGACCUGCUCAAGGUGCACCUGCAGACGCAGCAGGAGGUGAGGAUGCGCAUGACGGGCAUGGCGCUGCAGGUGGUGCGCUCCGACGGCGUGCUGGCGCUUUACAACGGCCUGAGCGCCUCGCUGUGCCGACAGAUGACCUACUCGCUGACUCGGUUCGCCAUCUACGAGACCGUGCGGGACCGAGUGGCCAAGGGCGGCGAGGGGCCCCCGCCCUUCUACAAGAAGGUGCUGCUGGGCGCCGUCAGCGGUUGCAUCGGAGGGUUUGUGGGGACUCCCGCCGACAUGGUCAACGUCAGGAUGCAGAACGACAUGAAGCUGCCCCAGAACCAGCGCCGGAACUACGCCCACGCCCUGGACGGCCUGUAUCGUGUGGCUCGUGAAGAGGGUCUGAGGAAGCUGUUCUCGGGUGCAACCAUGGCCUCCAGUCGGGGGAUGCUGGUCACUGUGGGCCAGCUGUCCUGCUACGAUCAGGCCAAGCAGCUGGUCCUGAGCACAGGGUACCUGUCGGACGGCAUCUUCACGCACUUCAUCGCCAGCUUCAUCGCCGGCGGAUGUGCCACGGUCCUGUGCCAGCCCCUGGACGUGCUCAAGACCCGCCUGAUGAAUUCCAAGGGCGAGUACCAGGGCGUGCUGCACUGCACCAUGGAGACGGCGAAGCUCGGGCCACUGGCCUUUUACAAGGGCCUCGUGCCGGCCGGCAUCCGCCUCAUGCCGCACACCGUGCUCACCUUCGUGUUCCUGGAGCAGCUGCGCAGGCACUUCGGCGUCAGAGUGCCGUCCUGACACCGGCCCCGCCCGCUCCUCCCGAGGCCACGCGGCCGGCGCUGCCCUGAGCCCGCACCUGCCACCGAGCUCGGCCGCCCCUCCUCCCCGCUGGCCACCUGCCUCCUGCCUGGUCAGAGCCCCUUCCAGCAGCGCGGCCCCCACCCCGUGGCUGCACCGCCCCCCGCCCCUCCCUGCCCUGCACACGGCCACACGCAGAGGCAGGCGUCCGGCCCGCUCCCCUCCCCAGCGGGCAGUGAACACGAGGUGGGUGCGCUGGGCUGUCCGGUUUCCUGGGGUCCCUGCCCCCUGGCCCCGAGGGGCCCUCAGCACGUCCCUCAGGGACAGCGGGCGCUGCGCCCUUGUCCCGGGGCUGCGGCCUCCGUGAUGCUCGCAGGGAGCUGAGCCCACAGCUGAGGUCAGGACCACGAGGCCGGUGCGGACGGGCGCCACGGGCUCGAGUGCGGGGCCCCCUGCCUCUUCCGCGCCAGCCAACCCCCAGUUGCUUCAACAGUUUUGCCAAAACUCAGCACCCAGAGGCCACUGCUGUCCCUGGGCUGAGCCGUGUCCCUCGCUGGCCGCGCUGCGCCCCCUCCCGGGCAGAGGUGGGCAGUGGGGUCCUCGGGGCCUCCCUGCAGACGGCGCCCCAAGGCCCAGCAGCGGGUCAGCCAGAACCCGCAGGCUCCGCUGCAGCGCGGCCUGUUCUCCCCACGAGCCGGCUCCGUCCUCUGCGCCCGGCCUCGGCUGUGCCCCCGGCAGGGGGGCAGGGACGGCAAUAAAGGACAGUGAGCUGCC